AUGGAAGUACUAUGGAGAAAGAACAAUGAAUCAUCCAGCAUCUUAUCACUGCAUUUCAAACACAUAGCCAUAAAUGAUUCUGGAUUGUACCGGUGUCAAUGUCAAUCUGAAUCUGAAAGCUGUAUCAGUCAUUCAAUCAAUGUCACAGUGAAAGGUAAACAGUGGCUUUCCUUUUCUACUGAUUUUAUAAUUACUAUACAAAAAAACAUUGUUUUAAAAACAAGGCUUACAUCAGUUCUUCACAAUGACUUUCUCUUUUUGAUAGUGUCGGGGCAGGCCAGUGCAGAGAAGGCAGCUGAUAAUCAGUAUGCAUCAGUACAGAUGUCUGAUAUGGGUCCUCCACUUCCUGACUCCCGUCAUCCCUCGCAAAGUAAGCAACGCAAUCGCUCACAUCCCACCCCAGCCAGUGCAGAGAGACAAGGAGAGCGUCUCUAUGAGCAUUGCAAUGACAUGGGGUCACGACCAACCAGCAACAUACCCUCCAGAGAUGUCAUACCAUCGCACAGGCAAUUGGCCAAUAACGUUGUCACUCAGAACAGGACGGAGGAGGAGGAGGCGGGUACAUUGGUGUACGCCUCACUGAAUCACCAGACCCCAAACCGGUUGCAGACUCGAGCCAUAGAGGUCACGGAGGAGUCCACUGAGUAUGCUGCUGUGCGCAGGUGCUAGUCUCAGACUGCUCUGCAUUAGAAAGGCACAUUGACUUCUUGUACUUGUUCCUGUACAUAUGUGAUUGAGAUAUUGGUGAUUUAUUAAUUGCAAUAUGUUAGUGUUGUUGAUGGCUUUAGUUAAUGAGCUCUGAACAUGGUCUUAAGGUUGUGAUCAGGAGCAACCAUACAGACAUUUGAACUACAUUCAUUUUCAUUUACAUGAACUUGCCUUAAUCUUGCUGAGAUGUAGUCUACAGGUGUGUUAAGACCACACAUCAUAUAUUCAAAAUGGCAUCUCUGCACCUAACCUUGUGCCCCUGUGGCUUAACUGGAAGAGCUCAGAACUAAGAACAUGGUCAUGGCUUCCACGUCCAGGGAGCACAGAUACUGAGGGCAAAUGGACAUAUGCACUGUGCUGUGAAGGAGUUGAAAAAUCAGAAUUAAGGAUCAGAGUUAAUCAAAUCAAAUCAA